AUGGCAGCUGCUCCACCAGAGCCUGCUGACGUGGCACUCGUCCCUUAUGACGAGGACGACGACGAUGGAGAUUCAUGGCCUCCUACCCACGCUUUGGCUUGUUCGUGGGAGGAAUGCUCUGAUGUUCGGAAAAGCCUUCGGGAUACGGGAAGGAUGUUGAAAUGGCCAAAGGUGGAACUUACUGGGAUUGGUUCCCUGUCAGCUUUGAGUGUGAACCGCCAAGCUGUUCAUGAUGCUCUGGAAGUUUGGGGUUCCCACCACACUAGUGAAGCAAAGUCCCCACCCGUCAAUUGGCUGAAGGAAGAGGUGCGACAGCUCUAUGUCAUGCUGAACAUUGAGCAGAAGCCGCGCAGCAUCUACUUAGAUUCGUGGGGGAUGAAGCGGUUGAUCUCGCUGUGUGUCCGAAAGUGGAAAGACCCAAACCUUCGUCGUUUGAUGGACACUAUGACUGAGCACUGGGGACACCUCAUUGGCCGAACCCUUGAGCCGCCUCCUGGAGAAGACGACGGAGAAUCUCCUGCUGGGGCUGCUGCGCCAGUUGCUGCUGGCGAUGCUGAUGGGGGUUCCACCACUGGUGAGGGUGAUGGGCCUCCUACUUUGGACGAUGAUGUCACCAAUGGUGAUGGCGCGGGGGGCCCGAGUGGAGAUUCUGCGUUUCCUACUUCCAGUGAUGGAGCCUCCACCAAUGGUGAGUCUGAUGGGAAUCUUGCCUCUGGUUCUGCCAUUCUUACGCCUGGUGAUGGAGCUUCCAGCAAUGUUGAAGGUGAUGGGAAUCCUGUGCCUCCUACCUCUGGUGGUGCUCCUUCUUUGCCAUCGACGGUAGUGGAAAUGGAAAAUGAAAGGGCUUACAUCUUGCGUCGCCUGAAAGCCAUCCAGGAUGCCAAGAAGUUGCCGCCGCCGUUGCCUUCAGCUGCCGCAGUUGCUGUUCCCAAAGGUAUGAAUCCUGAUCUGGUGGACACCUUGCCGUUUGACCCUUACCUGGCUUCUGCAGCCUUGCCCAGCUCUCCACCGCCGGUGUCACCUCCCAAGGAGGCUGAUACACUCCUGACUUUGCCCACCCUGGUUUUGGGAGAGACGGUGGAUGAUGAUUUGGAUGGCUCCGCCAUUGCUGACCCCAAAGAUACCAAGGUGGAAUCCUUGCCUCCCGUGGCUGAUCCGCAGGCAUCAGUUCCUGAGGUUCCUGGCCAGCCUGAUGUCGCUGCUGAACCUGCGGCAACGUUGGAUGGGACGCCCAAGACGGAUGGGUUCAAUGCUUUGGACCACCAGGAUAAGGAGCCGGUGUCUCGUUUGGACCAGUUCCGCUCAGUUCCCGAAGAAGAAGCUGCAGACGCCUCUGAGGAACAGGGCAAGCCCUCGGGACGUGGGAGGAAGGCUGAGGAGCACCAGGAUCAGGAGGAGGCAGCACAGCAAGAUGCUCCUGUUACCCCCCCCAAGCGCAGCACCCGCAAAGACGAUGCAGAGCAUGGAAGCAAGACUAAGCGCGCCAAACCAGCACCCAAGAGCGCACCCCGCCAGCGCAAGAGGGCUUCCCGGGGUGAAGCUAUCAGCUUUGCUCGCCGGAACCCACCUGAGGGUGAAAGAGGGUUCGCAGAAUGGAAGGCUAUCCGUGAAGCCUACCGAGUCAAUUUGGCUCACCUCAAGCCCCAGGCCAAGCACGAGGACAAGUUUUGGAAGUAUUGCAAGGUCCGAAACAAAGAGGCUAUCAAGGCUUCCACUUCUGAGAACUUGGGCAAUUUGAUGGUGGAGCUGGCUGAUGGGUAUGCCAAUAUGUUGUAG